CGUCUCCUCGUGACGAUGACGUCACAGCGUUACCGGAAGUUCUUCCGCUCUCCUCCUCCUCCGUUCGCUCACUGUCUGGCGAAGAUGGCGGACGGCGAAAAUAAACGGGCCGCCGCCGCCGAGCCGCUUCUGAAGAGACCGAGGCUCGGUGAACCGGAGCACGGCGCAGUCGGCGAAACCGAACCGGUGAAGGCGGAACCGGCGCUGAUGGACGAGUCACUGAACAACAACAACCACCGAACCGAACCAGAACCAAAGCCAGAGCUCCCCGACCGAAUUGACACAGGUGUCCACCCCAAUGGUUUCACAUCUCCUGAUCUUCCUCGCGCUGAUGAUGAUGAUGAUGAUUGCUCGUCUCACGCCAGCUCCAGUGACUGGACGCCUCAACCACAGAUCAGCUCGUAUCGGUUCAUUCAGCAGCACAUCAUGAGAGGAACCGACCCGAGGGCCAUUCUGAGAAACCUGCUUCCCGAAACGGUUCUCCCGGCGGAUCUGAACGAUAUGACGCUGUGGCAGAUCAUCAUCAACAUCUCAGAACCGCCCAAAAGAAAGAAACGCAAAGACGUCAACACGCUGAAGGACGUGGUGCGGCUCCUGAAAGAGAGGAAGAAGAUUCUGGUGCUCACGGGCGCCGGGGUGUCUGUUUCCUGCGGGAUUCCUGACUUCCGGUCUCGAGACGGCAUAUACGCUCGACUCGCUGUCGACUUUCCUGACCUCCCUGAUCCUCAGGCCAUGUUCGACAUAGACUACUUCAGAAGAGAUCCGAGGCCUUUUUUCAAAUUUGCCAAGGAAAUCUACCCGGGACAGUUCCAGCCGUCUCCAUGUCACAGGUUCAUCUCGAUGCUGGAUAAGAAGGGAAGGUUAUUAAGGAACUACACUCAGAAUAUCGACACGCUGGAGCAGGUGUCUGGGAUCCAGAACAUCAUUCAGUGUCAUGGCUCCUUUGCGACUGCUUCCUGUCUUGUCUGUAAACACAAGGUUGACUGUGAAGCCGUAAGAGAGGAUAUAUUCAACCAGGUGGUUCCUCACUGUCCGAGGUGUCCGGCCGAUGUCCCCUACGCCAUCAUGAAACCAGACAUCGUCUUCUUCGGCGAGAACCUUCCGGAGUUCUUCCACCGAGCCAUGAAGCAGGACAAAGAUGAGGUGGAUCUUCUGAUCGUCAUCGGCUCCUCACUGAAAGUCCGGCCGGUGGCUCUCAUUCCCAGCUCUGUACCUCAUGAUGUCCCUCAAGUCCUGAUCAACCGCGAGCCGCUGCCGCACCUGAACUUCGACGUGGAGCUGCUCGGAGACUGUGACGUCAUCGUGAACGAACUCUGCCAUCGUCUGGGGGGCGACUUCGAGCAGCUGUGCUACGACUCGUCCCGUCUCAGCCAGAUCACGGAGAAACCGUCCACAGGAGCGUCAGAGGACACGGCACCGUCUCUCCAGAAGAAGGAAGCGCAGACAGCAGCCGGAAGAACAAGUCCUCGUCCAGAGCCUUCACCAGAAACUAACUCAGAGCCGAAAGAACAUUAUCUGAAGACAGCAGAUCCUCCGCAUGCUGACGUGCGGAGAAGACGAUGCUGGAGAAGACGACUCUGGCAGAGUCCAAUCAGCAGACGACUCGGAGCCUCGCAGUAUUUAUUCCAAGCACCGAACCGCUACGUCUUCCACGGCGCCGAGGUCUACUCGAGUUCAGAGGACGAGUCGUCCAGUUCCUGCGACAGCGACGUCGAGGAAGAAAACCCAGACAAAGACACAGAGACACUACAGGAGCGUGAACACACACUCCUUCAAACACACUGCACUGCAGAAACACAGCCACAAUCCACACAGUAACUCACCAGCACUCGCUGCGUUUAAUGUCCUCAAGUCUGUUUUAUAUAUUUUUGUACCUCCUCGCUCCUAAACGUCUGCGAUGUCUUCUAAUGCAUGCGACUUCUUUCUUUUGUUCGGCUUGUUAUCCUUUCUUUUGUUUCACCAGCAGCCUUUUUUGUAUUUUUGCAUUUUUAGAUGUUAAAUACGUGUUUCAUUCGGGUGAAUGUUUCUGCCGGAGAACUGAACAUGCCAUGUACUUGCUUGGGAUAAAAAAAAAAGGGAAUGUUUUUCAAACCAAAGAACACUUUUUCUGUAUCGUUUUCAUGUUUUACACAAUGUGCACCAAGACAUUUGGCAGCUACGAUCAGCCUACUGUUUACGUCUUUAAUACUCAGUAAAGUCUGAUGUUUUCCAUUAGUUUUUCCUAUAGAAAGACAUUAUUUACAUGCAUUCACACUCGUCUGGUUCCUGUCCUCAAGCACUUAGUAAGUUCUGAAUCAGUUAUUGGUUAAUGUGCCUGUUGAUGUUGGUUGGUUUUAUAAAUGCAGUGACCCAGCAUUAAAAUAUUUCUAACACUGUUAAGUUAUAAUAUCAACAUGACUUCAUGAUUCCUUCAUGCA